AUGCCCUGGAAUCGUCGUGCCAAUAUCGCCGUUUGCACGGUGAACCAAUGGGCCUUGGACUUCAAAGGCAAUUUGGAGAGGAUUUUGAAAAGUAAGGAGGAUAUUCGUGUGGGCUGAGUCGUGUUUCAGCUUCCAGAGAAGCCUUUGAAAAGGGCGCUCGGAUCCGUUUGGGGCCGGAAUUGGAGAUCUGUGGCUAUGGAUGCGCCGAUCAUUUCUUCGAACUGGACACUCAAAAUCACUCCUGGGAGGUGUUGAAGGUCAUUGUCGAUGAGUCCAAGAAGGUAUGUCAGCUUUAUUUUAUUUUAGGAUAUCAUGUCGUCAAGUGUAAUAUAAGGUCAUGUUUCGGAUAUUUUAGCUGCCAAACCUCCUCAUUAUCACUGGAAUGCCAAUUCGAUAUGAGAUCACCCUUUACAAUUGUCUUGUCUCCGUCUGCAAUGGGAAAAUCAUCUCGAUUUAUCCGAAGAGCGCACUGUGCGAUGAUGAUGUAUAUAGAGAAUCGAGGUAUUUUACGUCAUGGAAGAGGAAGCAUGAAUAUGUGGAAUACAGACUGGAUGCUGAAUUCGGAUUUGAACAGGUUGGUUGAUUUUUUUGGCAUUUUUGUGGAUAAAUUUGGGUCUCGGCACGAAAGCUUGAAAUCAGUUGGCAUUGAGGUUUGAUUGUUUUAACAGGCUCAAAAUGCCACUAUAGAGGCUUUAUAUAUAAUGUUGUCUGUCUGUGGGUUACUGUAACGUCCAUUUUUCUUCAGGAAACGGUCCCUUUUGGUGAUGUCUUUGUCCAAAGUUCAGAUGGUGUCCGUGUUGGAUUCGAACUCUGCGAGGAGCUCUGGACCGCCAAAACCAAGGCUGUGGACCUCACUCUAAGAGCCGUUGAUAUUAUUUGCAACGGCUCCGGCUCCCAUCACGUUCUUGGGAAGUCCCAUCAGCGAAUAAAUCAACUUGUUUUGGGUCAAACCCAAAAACUCGGCGGAAUUUAUCUGUAUUCGAAUCAUCGUGGAUGCGAUGGAGACAGGGUUUAUUAUGAUGGGAUGUCCUCAAUUGUAAUGAACGGAAAGUUAUACGCACAAAUCAAUCAAUUCGACAUUGAGGAUACUGUAAGAUUUGAGUUUUUUUUUGAUCAGAAAUUAUGCGUGGGAUUUUGCCCAAUGGUCUUGGUUUGUUUUUAUGGGUAUCAGAAGCCUUAUUCUGACGUUAUAACAUUUCUUUUUUGACUUUUUUUUAUGGAAAAAGGGCAAAUUUUCUUGUUUUUCUUUAGUUUUUCCUCCGCUCUCCAUUUUGAAGCGAUUGGAAGAGGGGCCGAGCGCCGGCUUCCGUGGCGCAAUCGGUUAGCGCGUUCGGCUGUUAACCGAAAGGUUGGUGGUUCGAGUCCACCCGGGAGCGAGUACUUUUUUUUGAUUUUUGAGAGAUCAAAAAUGUUUGCAUUUUACAUAACGAUUUUUAAAACAUGUUUUUAAGUCCUGUCGAUGAUGUUUACAAUUUUUCGACCGAAAAUUUUAAUUUCUUAUUUUGUUUUAGUGCGUGGUCAAUAGUGUUUUGGACUUGGACGAGAUUGUGGUCUUCCGCAACAAACAAAGCCUUUGUGAGCAGGUAGGAUCCCAAAAUCCUUCCUUAUUUUACCACUCUUUAGUCUUCUCGCGAGCCCAUUAUUCCAUUUAUCCGAUUCGACGGCAGAUUAUUGGAAUCCCCGCAACAAUUGACGGCUCCCUUGGCGAAACCGAUCAGCACUCGGCAAAGAACCGACGACGACGAGCUUUGUCACGCCCCUCCGGCUUGGCUUUGGUGUUAUCUUCGACGCAGCAAAAUGGUAAAAUAUUUCUUUUGUAAUUUUUAUGAUGUAAUUGGCUUACUGUAAUUUCUGGUUUAGGCCGGAUUUUUCUUGCCAUUAAGCGGUGGUCAGGACUCGGCAUCCGUAGCUGUAAUGGUCAGAUUGAUGUGCGAAAAAGUUUGCAAAGCCUCCAGGGAGAAUAAGGGUCAGAAAUUUUAUAUUGUUUUAGGCGAACUUGUAGUUCAAACUCUGUAUUUUGUGUGUUAAUUCUAAAAUUUUCUUUGCAGACAAGGAAGAUCCAGCCUAUUACUUCCAAGGGGAGAGAGUUCCCGACGAUCCAGCCGAGUUUUGCUCCAGGGUAUUGUACUCGGUCUACAUGGGAACGAAAAAUUCGUCGGAGGAAACGAAAAAGGCGGCCGAAGACUUGGCCAAGGCCAUAAACUCGAAUCAUUCCAGCAUUGUGGUCGAUAUGGCAGUGGAUGCCUUGCUCGGAGUCUUCAAAAUGAGCUUCGGAUUGGUCUUGAGUUUCACGGUAAGCAAGUUACAGUACCCUCAAUUUCUAUUAUCCUUGCAGAACCCGGACAAUCGUGUCAUCAUGGCCCUGCAGAACAUCCAAGCCCGAAUCCGCAUGGUGUUAUCGUACCUAUACGCUCAGGCCUCACUGGUCUACUACAACCGACCCGGCUCUUUGUUGGUUUUGGCCACCUCCAACGUCGACGAAAGUUUGGUGGGAUAUGUGACGAAAUACGAUUGUUCCAGUGGAGAUCUGAAUCCAAUUGGGUCCAUCUGCAAGAAGGACCUCAGAUCCUUCCUAAAAUACGUCUACGAAGAGUAUAAAUGGGAAGGCUUGGAGGUGAGCCGAGAUUUUUUAUAUUGCAGUAGGUAGCAGAUAAUGUAAUAUGAGUUUUGACUGAAUUAAAACUAAAUUAAAGUCGACUAUAAAGUGUAAAUGAAACUGGAUUAUGUUCAGGCGAUCAUGAAUGCUGUCCCGACAGCCGAACUGCGCCCAUUAGAGGACGGAAAGGUGGUUCAAACCGACGAAGACGAGAUCGGCCUGACCUAUGACGAGCUGGCUGUCAUCGGGAAACUCCGCAGACCUGGUGGAUGUGGCCCCUAUGCCUUGUUCUUGAAGCUGCUACCACUGUGGUCGGACAAGUAUACACCUAGAGAGGUGGCCGAAAAGGUAGUGCUAUUUGAAAAUCCUGCAGCACUCUAAAAUAAUAUAAAUUCGUUGCGGCAGAACUCUCCCCAUUUUCUGAACUCUCCCCCUCAUUUUUGAAAAUUGAAAAAAUUAGGUGUGACAUCCUAUACGAUGGAAAUUUUUUUCACAAGGAAAGUACUUUUAUGGGGGCUCCUACUUUUUGACGGGACAUACCUCAAAAAAUCAGAAAAAAUGUGCUGAUCAAGGAUAUAUAAAUCUUAGCUGCCCAUUUUGGGCUUUUAGGGGUGAAAAUGCCCAAAAACUGGCUCAAUUUCCCUUUUUUUCCUUACAAAAGGCGCAUGCAUUCGAAACGAUAAAAAGCGCAGUCGGUCUCUUCCUUCGGAAGAGAGCGAUGUGGCCGAGUGGUUAGUGCCGUAGUCUGGGAAUCAAGAGGGAGGACGCCGCACGGGUUCGAUUUUCCUUUUGGUCUGAAUCAACUUUUUUUGAAGUUGAAGGUCGGAAAAAUAAAUUUUUGGGCCAAGACUGAUUUAUUACGUCUUAGAAACUCAAUAAACAUCAUUUUAAGCCAAAAUAAAAAUUGUAAACCCGUGAAAAAUUAGGCGAAAAGGGGUUCAUAUAGGACUUUAAGUCAAAUUCCGAUUGAGUUUUCACCCCUAAAAACCUAAAAUGGGCAGCUAAGAUUUAUAUAUCCUUGAUCAGCACAUUUUUUCUGAUUUUUUGAGAUAUGUCCUGUCAAAAAGUAGGAGCCCCCAUAAAAGUACUUUCCUUGUCAAAUUGAAAAAAUGAGUUUAAAUGUCACAACUCAUUUUUUUCAAUUUGAAAAAAUUUUCCAUCGUAUAACAUGUCACACCUCUUUUUUCAAUUUUCAAAAUGGGGGAGUGUUCAAACAAGGGGAGAGUUCAGAUUUUUUGGUGAAAAUCAAAAAAGGGGGAGACUUCCGCCUUUUUGGGGAAGAGUUCAGGCUCAACCAUGUAAAUGAAAUUUUUAAAUUUCAUUUAAAAACGAAUUCCAGGUCUAUCGCUUCACUCGUCGCUAUGCCAUAAACAGACACAAGGCCACCGUGGCCACUCCUUCUUGCCACGCCAACCAAUACUCGAAUGACGACCAUCGAAAUGAUCACCGACCUUUCCUCUACCCCAAUUUUGAAUGGCAAUUCGAAAAGAUCGAGAAGAUUGUCAACGAAUUGGAAGAAAAACAGUAG